AUGAACACCCUAGACGACGAUCGAUUGUCCGCCAGCUCAGGCGACUCGGAUAACGACAAUGACAAUGACAAUGACAAUGACAACGAUAACGACAACGACAACGAUGACGAUCGUAUGCAACAGGACAACGAGGCCGACGAGGCAAUGGAGGAUGCCGACGACAAUGGGGACCAGGAUCAGGAUGCAGAGGGCGACGAUGACGAGAAUGACGAUGACGACGACGAGAAUGGCGACGGAAAUGAUGACGGAGAUGGGGACGGAGACGGAGACGCAGAUGGUGAUGCCGACGGAGAAGAAAGUCAAGUUCCAGCUACAGACAUCAAGACCGAGCCCAACCGCGAUGCGUCAACGCGCAAAUCUGCUACACCGUCACCAGGUUCUUACAGACAAUGGCCUCGUCCCCCGCCAGAAGCCAUUAAUGCUCGCCUGUACGACAUUGUACCAACAAUGGCAGCACCCCAGUCGACCAGUGUUAAUGCCAUGGCCAUCACACCCGAUCUGCGAUACUGGAUCACAGGAGGCUCCGAUGGGUAUAUUCGCAAAUAUGACGGCCCCAAUACUAUCAAUGGAAAGCUAGCAUUGACAGUCGCCCAAAGACACCCCUUUGUCGACAGUGUUACAAAGGCUGGCAUUCUAAUGUCGUACUGGGAGAAUGAGGAACCUGCGCCCCCAGGCCGAGGUGAUCAGGACCACAUCCUUUCACCCGUUUACUCGCUCGCUGUCCAUUCUGAGGCUCUCUGGCUUCUUUCAGGUCUCGAGUCUGGUGGUAUCAAUUUGCAAAGCGUCCGUCAUGAUGAGGGUAAACGGAUUCACUGCCUACAACAACACACUAAUGCCGUGUCUGUCUUGACAAUGGCGCAGGAUGAGAAGAGUGUUCUUAGCGGUGGAUGGGACAAGAACAUCUUCGAUUGGGACUUGAACACUGGCCAGACAAUCCGUAGCUUUGACGGCAACGCUGGCCAGAUCUCAGCCCUUGAACUACGACCUGCAAGCGGAGCACCUAUUCCUGAAGAUGACGAAGAACCCCCGCCACCUACCACAAUGGUCACCAACAAUGCGGCCCCUAUUGCCAAUGGAAGUUUCACAGAUGGUCUUACCCAAGACGCAGUUGAUGAUGUCAAGGCCGAUUUUGAUGCCGAUAUCAACGCUGACGUCGGCCAAGUAUCCCCUUCCCAUGACAGUCUUUUUGGUGGAAGCGACGCUGGCAGUUUGUUCGGCGAGACAAAGGAAGACCAACCGUUUGCCCAGGACGAUGAUGAGUUCGGCGCAGGAUCCAUGGGCCACGGUCACGACAGUGCCAUGGAUCACUCCGCAGACAUGGCUGCUCUCGAUGCUGGAAAAGAACCAGAGCCACUACCGCCCGCUCCAGUUGUUGAGCCUCCACCACCGGAACCAGAGACAUCUCAAGACGCCGGCGAUGCUAUGGACGUGGAUCUCGUCCCGGCACCACCCCAAGCUACAGAAACCUCACAACCACCCCAAGACUCACAACCUCCCGCGUCACAAGAAGCGCCCGCUUCUCCCUCCAUGUUACUAGCAUCCCCUCACGCCCCAACGCAGCAUGACCCAACUCAAACAUCCACGACAACCUUCCUCUCCGCCGCCAUGGACGGAACCCUUCGAAUCUGGGACAGACGUCAGCCCGAUCCUGUCGCCCGUAUCGGCACCCGCAACGGCGUUCCUCCCUGGUGUAUGGGUGCCUGCUGGAGCCCAUCCGGCAACGCCAUCUACGCCGGCCGUCGAAAUGGUACCGUCGAAGAGUUCGACAUUCACAAGGCCAAGAGAAACUGGGAACCUCAGCGGACUCUCAAGUUUCCUGCAGGAAGUGGAGCCGUCAGCGCCGUAAGACCCAUGGUAAACGGUCGCCAUCUCGUCUGCGCCUCCCACGAUAUCCUCCGUCUUUACGACCUUCGCGAAACCCGCGCUUUCAAGCACUCUACUGUCCCCUUCCUCAUCAUCCCCGGCCCUCCCCGCGCUGGUGUUAUUUCCAGUCUCUAUAUUGAUCCGACCAGCCGCUUCAUGCUCAGUGCUGCCGGUACCAGAGGAUGGGAAGGUACUAGCACAGAAGUUCUCAUCGGUUAUGACAUCAACGUUACGAGUGGGUGA